GUAUCAGGGUGAUCCGCAAUGGGGAACUCCCUGAGACAGAGCUUCAACAAGCACCGCUUCGACUUCGAGGCGCCCGUCAUACACGUGCACGACUUUCACCCCCAAAUACGCGUCCUUCUGUCUAUGAACGGACUCUUCUUCAAUAACAAGGAUUCACUGUUAAGAUUCGUUCUCCCAGCCAUCUGCAUCUGCCUGAGCGUAGUGGCGACGACCCUGGAGCUCCUGGCCAUGUGGCACGCACUACAGGAGCAAGACUCGGCGCUGUUCACCGAGGCCUUCGCCUACUGCGUCAUUAUAGGGGUGGUGCCCUUCCUGUAUCUGUGCAACUUCAUGAAGUCGGAUAAGAUCUAUGCGCUGGUCGAUGGCAUGGAUAAGGACUUUGUGACUAUUAGUAAGCUGGGAGAGCCGUACAGGUCCAAUUUCCUAGCAGGCCAGCUAAACAUCUGGAAGUGCGGCUACGCGUGGCUGAUCUUCGUGAUCUUCGUGGCGUCCAUGUACAUCCUGCUGUCGGUGGUGUCCAUCCUGUACUACUGCCUGUUUGUGACUCAUGAUGAGGGCUCCCACCGGCCGCUGGUGUUCCCGGUGUGGCUGCCUCACGACGACCCGCACCGGUCGCCCAACUAUGAGCUGUUUCUGGGAUUGAUGUAUCUGAUUAUCAUUGAUUUUGCUACUACGUUUACGACAUACGUAUACAUCGUGUUCCACCUGCUGCUGCACUGCUACUUCCUCAUCAACAUGGUGAUGAUAGGGCUGGAGCACCUGUUCGAUGACGUGGACGACGAGGUGGCAACCCUGGAUAGUGAAGACGAGAGGUAUAAGGAGGCCAAAGCGGUCUUCAAGCUUAGGAUGAAGAAUAUUGUGGAUUGGCACAAUGCUGUGUUUACUCUUAUCUCAAACAUCCUGGCGGUGUACGGCACGGUGAUGGCGUACCAGGUCAUCUUCAGCUCCAUGGUCAUGUGUCUCAUGGCCUUCUACAUAUCUGUGCAACUGGAGCAAGGCAACGUGGACAUCUGCAUCACGCUGCUGUGUGUGGGCGCGCUGCUGCAGCUGUGGAUCCCCUGCUACCUGAGCUCACUGCUGCGCUCUAAGGGCUACGAGGUGUGCGAGUCAGCGUUCUACUCAGGCUGGCACCACGCGGGGCUAUCACGGCUGGUACACGCCGACCUGCGGCUCGUCAUGCUGCGCGCGCAGAAGCCCGUCACCAUCCAGGUCACCAUGCUGCCCGUGCUGGGCCUCGAGACCUUCUCCUCGAUCCUGAGCACAGCCUAUUCAUAUUUUAACAUGCUUCGUCAAACGUCGGAAUAAUUAGGUAGGUAAUCAAAUCGUCUGGUAUACAUAUAUGUGAUUAUAUCGAAUCGUGAGGUCUAUUCCCCAAGUCUGGGUUGUUCUAUGGGUCUAUUACAUGGUAUAUUGGAUGAAUAAAAAAGCAAUCGUAUGAUCUUUUCUUGCUGUAGAUAGUGCUAAAAUUAUAACGUUAUCGUAAAAACUGUCAUGGUUAUAUCAGUAUUAUAUCAAUGAUGUUGCAUAGCUAAUUUUAGAAUGAAUGAUAAAGUAUAUUUUAGUUGCUGUUACGUAGGCAACAGAGUUCUCAGUUCAUCUCGAAGUAGAUUUUAAAAUAUACCUAAUAAUGCUCCAGCAAUCUUGUCUGCUUUAUAUAUUAAUAAAAUAUUUAAACUAUUA